CAAGCUGGAAACUUACCUUGUUGGUCUGAAAAUUUUGUCACAGAAGACUGUGUGUCUAAUACACUCACUAGCCUUGGGGAGCCAACAAGCGGUUUCUACAGCAUGGAUGAGACCCAUGUCACACCUGUUCAGCCAAAUUCACCACAUAAGUUUUUGGCUGUGGAAGCAAAUACAAUAUUAUCAUCUCUACAAACCAUUCCAGAAUUUGCAGAGACACUAGAGCUUAUUGAAUCUGAUCCUGUAACGUGGAGUGAUGUCACCAGUUUUGAGCUUUCAGAAGCUGUUACAUCUCCUGUCAAGUCAGCACCGGUAAAACUAAUGCGGAUUCAACACAACGAAGGGGCUGCUGAGUGCCAGUAUAAUGUCAGCGUUGUGCUUGAUGGCAAAAAACACAGUAGCAUCAGUGGCGAGGAAGAAGCAGUUUUCUCAGCGACCCCAAGCUUACCUAAAUUCAGCACUCCGCCGACUAUCCUAAGAAAGAAGAAGAGGUUGCGUGUUGGGCAAUCACCAGUUAACGAACUGAAUGAUGGCUUGUGUAACGAUGCCAUCAAUGUUGCACUAAAGCAUACACCAGUGAAAACACUACCAUUUUCUCCCUCGCAGUUUUUCAACACUUGCUCUGGAAAUGAACAAUUUAACCUUGAAAAUCCUGCAUUUACAUCGACUCCAAUCUGCGGGCAGAAAGUUCUUAUUACGACUCCUCUACACAAGGAAGUGACACCAAAAGAUCAAAAGGAAAAUGUGGGUUACAGAACUCCCACAAUUAGAAGAUCUCUUUUGGGUUCUUCAACCCCAAGGACACCAACUCCUUUUAAAAAUGCUUUGGCUGCUCAGGAAAAAAAGUAUGGUCCCCUGAAACUUACGUCGCAACCACUUGCCUUCUUGGAGGAAGACAUUAGGGAAGUUUUGAAAGAAGAAACUGGAACAGAUAUAUUUAUCAAGGAGGAAGAUGACACUGUGUACAAAAGCUGCAAGCAGGAGCCCAACUCGCCUAAAAAAGUCAGAAAAUCACUGGUCCUAGAUCCAUGGGAAAAAGAAGAGGUUGGUGCCCAGGUCUUAACAGAAGAUAAUGGUCUAGAUGUACAGUCAGAAAACGCAUAUACCACACCUUUAGGAAUGAUGCCAUUGUUGGAAAUAAAUGACAACAGAUGUAACCUGCCAUCAGAAAAACAGGACACAAAUCCAGCAAACCAAGGAAAUGCAGUAAUUAAGAAGAAACUGAAUGCAUGUGCUUCAAAAAAUAUCAAAACGGAGAAAGAUCUUCAGUCAAAUUGUGAAUGGGAAGCAGUUGUUUACGGAAAGACAGAAGACCAGCUUCUCAUGACGGAAAAGGCGAGAAGGUAUCUGGGCACAUACACGGCCACCAACAGCACUUCAAGGGCUCUCAUACUGUGAUGGUCACUGCAGCUGACAACCGUCUCCUUCCAUUGAUGCUGACACAAUGCUGAAGGCUAUGCCAGCACAAUACGUGGGAAUUAAGUCUUUACUUAGAGACAGACUGCCAAGGGAAACCUUAAAGCUACCUUAAAGACUCCUUUCUUCUUUUGACUGACAAAGAACAGACAGAAAGCUCUCGUAUUCUCUACGAAGGGAUAGUACAAACAGUUCUGCAAUGAAUUUCUUAAAUAUUAAAAAAGUAACACCUCAAAAUAUGACAAAAAGUGGUAAAGUACAUUGCAGUACUGACAACAUUCAGAUUUUAGGUCCAGUUUUCAUAUUUAUUCUUUUGACUUGCAU